AUGAAUAAGCUGUCUCUUCUUCUUAAGGUGCGAGUGCGAGCGACCAUUGAUGGAAAAGCAACCAUGGCCAAAGUACCUUACCGCCAGCUAGUCGGCUCGCUAUUACAUUUGGCAAAUACGACAAGACCAGACAUUGCAUUUGCCGCUGGUCUUCUAUCCAGGCAUUUGGAAAGUCCAGAGCUUUGUCAUUGGAAUGCUGCCAAACACGUCUUACGGUACCUGAAGGGUACUGCAACUCUUGGCAUUCAGUACAACAGAGACACCAGCAGCUCAAAUACUAUUGACUUUCAUGGUUAUUCGGACCCCGACUGUGAAGGAGAUCAAAACACUCGUAAGUCCACAAGUGGUUUCGUGUUCAUCUUGGCAGGGGGAGCCAUCAGUUGGCGCAGCAAGAAACAGACAGUCACCGCACAGUCUACGGUGGAAGCAGAAUACAUCACUUUCUCUUAUGCCAUUCGAGAGCUCCUUUGGUUUCGGAAAAUGAUAGAGGAUGUUUAUGGGAAACGUCUACAGAAGACCAUUCUAUACGGAGAUCAUCAAGGGGCUUUGAGUCUGGCAAGUAACGAAAUACAGAACGAGAGAACCAAGCACAUCGAUGUGAAGUACCAUUUUAAUAAGGACUACAUCGCGGACCAUACCGUCAUACUACAAUAUGUUUCUACUGAAAAGAUGACUGCCGACGUGAUGACUAAGGCACUUGGAUCGGUGAAACACCGUAGAUGCGUGGAAGAAUUGGGCAUGAAGGCUGCCGAGGAAAGAGACUAG